AUAUCGGCGGGUUUAUAUUGGCGCGGCCCAGACGGCUGAGGCCUCUGCGGCGCGGUCUUCGGACACACGCGGCUUUGCCCGGCGGUGGCCAUGGCCGACUACCUGAUUAGCGGGGGCACGUCCUACGUGCCAGACGACGGGCUCACAGCGCAGCAACUGUUCAACUGCGGGGACGGCCUCACCUACAAUGACUUUCUCAUUCUCCCUGGGUACAUCGACUUCACUGCAGACCAGGUGGACCUGACUUCUGCUCUGACCAAAAAGAUCACUCUGAAGACCCCACUGGUUUCCUCACCCAUGGACACAGUCACAGAGGCUGGCAUGGCCAUAGCAAUGGCGCUUACAGGUGGAAUUGGCUUCAUCCACCACAACUGUACACCUGAGUUCCAAGCCAACGAAGUUCGGAAAGUGAAGAAAUAUGAGCAGGGAUUCAUUACAGACCCUGUGGUCCUCAGCCCCAAAGAUCGAGUGCGGGAUGUGUUUGAAGCCAAAGCCCGGCAUGGAUUCUGUGGUAUUCCAAUCACCGACACAGGCCGGAUGGGGAGCCGCUUGGUGGGCAUCAUUUCUUCAAGGGACAUAGAUUUUCUCAAGGAGGAGGAACACGACCGGUUUUUGGAAGAGAUCAUGACGAAGAGGGAAGACUUGGUGGUAGCCCCUGCAGGCAUCACACUGAAGGAAGCAAAUGAAAUUCUGCAGCGCAGCAAGAAGGGAAAGUUACCCAUUGUAAAUGAAGAUGAUGAGCUGGUAGCCAUCAUUGCCCGGACAGACCUAAAGAAGAACCGGGAUUACCCACUGGCCUCCAAAGACGCCAAGAAGCAGCUGCUGUGUGGAGCAGCCAUUGGCACUCAUGAAGAUGACAAGUAUCGGCUGGAUUUGCUAGCCCAGGCUGGAGUGGACGUAGUGGUUUUGGACUCUUCCCAAGGAAACUCCAUCUUCCAGAUCAACAUGAUCAAGUACAUCAAGGAGAAAUAUCCCUCCCUCCAAGUUAUUGGAGGCAAUGUGGUCACAGCUGCUCAGGCCAAGAACCUCAUUGAUGCUGGUGUAGAUGCCCUGCGGGUGGGCAUGGGCAGUGGCUCCAUCUGCAUCACCCAGGAAGUGUUGGCCUGCGGGCGGCCACAAGCAACAGCGGUGUAUAAGGUGUCAGAAUAUGCACGGCGCUUUGGUGUUCCUGUUAUUGCUGAUGGAGGAAUCCAAAAUGUGGGCCAUAUCGCCAAAGCCUUGGCCCUUGGGGCCUCCACAGUCAUGAUGGGUUCCCUCCUGGCUGCUACCACUGAGGCCCCUGGCGAGUACUUCUUCUCCGAUGGGAUCCGGCUAAAGAAAUACCGUGGUAUGGGUUCUCUUGAUGCCAUGGACAAGCAUCUCAGCAGCCAGAACCGAUAUUUCAGUGAAGCUGAUAAAAUCAAGGUGGCCCAAGGGGUGUCUGGGGCUGUGCAGGACAAAGGGUCCAUCCACAAAUUUGUCCCCUACCUGAUCGCUGGCAUCCAGCACUCCUGCCAGGACAUUGGUGCCAAGAGUUUGACCCAAGUCCGAGCCAUGAUGUAUUCUGGAGAACUCAAGUUUGAGAAGAGAACAUCCUCAGCUCAGGUGGAAGGGGGUGUUCACAGCCUCCAUUCGUAUGAGAAGAGGCUUUUCUGAAAAGGGAUACAGCAUACUCCCUCAGUUUUUCAAUAAAAGUUUGGGGAA